AUGAAUAGUGUUCCGAUACGGCGAUCCAGCCAACGGCACUCGCUAGUAAGCCAUCAAAGCGGGAAUUUUGAUGGCGAUGAUGCAGGAUCGGUUGUGCUGGUCACAGAUUUUGCUUCAAUUGGAACGGGUGUGCUUCCGGCACGUAUUAGUACAACCUUUAUGGCAUGGUGUCCAACAAUCGACAUGGUUGCGCUAUCGUAUGUGCCCCAAAGUAAAAGCGAUGAAAAUAGUGAAAAUGAAGAAACAAAAACAAGCACUGGGCAUUCCGGUUUGGCCUUUUAUCGAUUAUCGGGUCAGCAAGUUUGGGCCUCCGUACCUACAUCAAAAAAGGGCGCGACUGUUCUGAAUCCCGUUGCUAUUUCUUGGAACGAAACGGGCCGCAUGUUUGUUGUAGCUCUACGCGAAGGUGGGUGUAAAGUGUACAGCAGUAAUACCGGGAAGCUCAUGUUCACAGUACACCAUAAACAUACAUAUGUGAGUGUUUCCUGGUCGACUUUUAGAUUCAGCGAAGACGUUUUGACAGCUUCUCCAUUUAAGAAGCUGGUCAACGCAGCAACAAGUCCUCUCAGACACUUGCCCAAGCUGUCAUUAAGUCCAAUGGUGGCAAGCGGUGGACCAACACAACAGCAACAGCAGCAGCAGCAGCGACAGUACGAUACCAUGUAUGCCACAAGAUCAGUAUUGGAGGAAAUAAUCCACUCUAAGCAAGAUACCGAUAAUUUUGAAAUGAGCGUUAUAUUCUGUGGAGAUAAGACAGGGAAUUUAAGCAUAAGUUUGUUUGGAACUUUUAAUAUUGGAUCGGUUAGUGUUGGAACUGAUGCUGAGAUUACUACCAUUGCGCCGUUCCCUGGAAUUCCUCAAGAAUCAGUGGUCUUGACCAAAGCCCAAGACGGUACACAAUCGCUGUAUUCGAUAAGUCUUGAUUUUUUUAAACGCUAUGGGCUUUACCUUUGUGAUGGCACUUUAAUACCUACACAAGUUUGUGCGCUAUUGGAGUAUCUACGAACUGAAAUUUACGCUGUUCAAGGUGAAAUCAAAUCAAUGGUUGAUGCACACUCAGCCUUUUAUAAGGAGUUGAUUGCAGUAGCUCCUACACCCUCCAUAGCUUUGUUCGAGCUUGUGAUGCCUGCAUUAAUUGACUCCCUAGUUACGGGUAUUCCUGCAAAACAUAUUGUCCCCUGGAUGACGCAGAGCGUCAAAGAAAAGGGUCUUAAGCGGUGGCGUAAGGAUUGUUUGCAUGGAUAUGAGGCGGUCCGACGAAGGUUAUUUGUUCAUGUUUUACCCUGUUGCGAGCGACUGAUACUUUUGUAUAGUCAUAUUCGAGGUGUGGCAAGAUGGGAAGAGCGUGGCGAAAUGCUUAACUUGGAUGCUGCGCUGCUGGACAAAGCAGUUGAGCAAGUUUCAACUUUAAUGCGGGAAGUCAACAACUACAUGUGGGACAUGAAUGCUGAGUUUGUAUUGUUUCGGUCAUAUGCCAAUUGGAUUGACAUUUUGUAUGAACAGGUUACCAAAACACCACUUAAAGAAAAUCCUGGCGAGGGCCCGCGAGUUGCACAGACAGUCAAGGUGGCCGAGUACAUUAACAUUCAUCUUCCUGUAAUUGAGCAAGUGCCACCAUUUGGCCAAACAGCAGCGGAUGAACCCAAAAGCUUGGAAGGCAUGUUUGAGGAGCUGUACGGGACUACUGGGCAAGUUUUUGAAAAGGUAAAGAAAGCGAUGCGGGACCAGGUAAAGGUUAUUCCGGUUCAGGUUCUUGGUGGAACAGUUGUCUGUGUACGAAGUGUUUUAGAGCCGAGCAGUAAUGAAAAUGAACCUUCAAAACGGUGGUGUUACAUUAUGGUGCAAUAUGAGACCCGGCAGUGUGAAGUUAUGGUAAUCAAAACAUUAAUUGGGGGUAAUAAGAUGGAAGCAAUCCGUGUGGAUGUUUCUAUGGAAGGAAUGGUUCAGCGAGUGGAACAAGUUGAGUUUAUUGAUGAUGAAGAUGUGAUGGUACUUGUUGUGACUGAUGGAAAAGACGAUGAUGAUGACGCAAAGCCCCGCGCAACCAUGAUUUCGUUUUGUUAUCGUGAUUUGUUUUAUAUGGAAGUUGAGAGCAAGGAUUUGGAAGCAAAAAAUGGUGCUGAAGGGGUGGAUCUUGUACCUGUGGAAAUUAAGCGGUCGCGGGAGUUCCCUCGGGAGGAAGAAGAUGAAGAGUCCGGGAUGUCAAGUAAACCUGGGACUGCUGAAACUAAAGUGUUUAACGAGUUUGAAGAGGCUGAUGAUGAGGGGAAGCGUGCACAGAUGGUGGAACGCGGGUUUGUGCCUGCACAGUUUGCGGUGAAUGGAGCACUUGGCCGGCGCGUUGGAUGCUUGCUUGAGCGGGAUCAACGACGGUACAUUUUCUUUGACAUUGAUGGUGAAGAGUACGAAGAGAUGGAUGAGGAAAUGGGAGACGAUGAUAAAGAGAACGGAAGUUUAUAA